AUGAAGAUCUCGGAUGAUUUACGCCCAACUGGAUUCAGAUGGUGUUGCUUCAAUAUCCCCAAGGGUUCCUUCGUCUCUGAGCUGAACAUUGCAGUGAUAAUUUUCCGGUCACAGCUCACCAACGACGUUGGCUUCAAGCUGCAAGCACGAGCCACUGUACCAACGACCAUCGAAGGGACCGAUCAGUGGGCCGAAUGGGGAUCGUGGUCGCAGUGUUCGCGUAGUUGUGGUGGAUGUGGAAUCAUGUCCAGAGUUCGAGUAUGUCGUACAAAACAAUGCAAAGGCCGACGGCAAGAGUUCAGCACGUGCAAUUUGAAAGCAUGCCCCAUCGAUAAGCACUGCGCUAAACUACUCGCUAACGACAAAAUCUGUGACGGAAGAGUUUGUACCAAGGCGUCACAAGCAUUGUCGGGAUGUCUGGAGCCUCAAUGCUGUCCACCCUUCAUCAAUGUAGACGGCACUUGUCAAAGUGAUUCUCCACUUCUCAAUGAUUUCCAAUUGACUAAGAAAUAG